CACUUUCGACAACUACAAUGUCAACCAGCUCCGCUCCUUCCCCACCAAAUGAUCUUCAGUUAUAUGACAGGAAUUUUUUUAUUUUUUAUUUUCCUAGAGAUCCGGUUAUUUGCCUGAGUAAAAUUACACUAAAUACUGGUUAUACUGGUUCGUUUUGUCUAAAUUCCUUCAUUUUCUAACACAGCUAAAAUAUGAUCUUUCAUAUUUAGAUUUUAAAGGCACCAGUGUCUUUAUAACUUCUUUUUACAACGUCUUUAUAUUUACUCCUCGCGCGUUCUAAUGCGGCCUCGGUUAAACCGGCCUCACGCGCUGUUCCUCUGGAGGACCCCACAGUCCAUUAUGGCAGCGCCCGAUGCAGUCUUAAACUGUGAGGACUUUUCAAUGUUUCAGGAGGUGCUGAAGGUGAUGCGCACCAUAGAUGACCGCAUAGUCCAUGCCCUGAACACCACUGUGCCCACUGUGUCCUUCUCUGGGAAAGUUGAUGCCACACAAACAUGUAAACAGCUCUAUGAAUCAAUGAUGGAGGCCCAUUUAAGUCGCGACAGAGCCAUUAAGACCUGUAUAGCCCAAACGUCUGAAAUUGUGGGGCAACUGCGGGAGGCACGGUCAAAAGACGGGGACAACAUGACCCUUUUAAAACAACUUAGAAAGGAGCAGACCAAACUAAAGCUGAUGCAGUCUGAACUUAAUGUUGAGGAAGUCGUUAAUGACAGAAGUCUGAAGGUCUUUACUGAAAGGUGCAGAAUCCACUAUACACCUCCUAAGGUUGUAUGAGCCAGUGACCAGGAACCUGAGCGGGGAUCUGAAUCAUGACUGGAGCAGAGUCCUGAUGCAGGCCAUUCACAUCCAGGACACUCUGACCUCUAACAGAUAUAUUCCACUGUUAUUGUUGUCAUGCAUUUACAUUGCUGUUAAGACAGUCCUCUGUGUGCUCAUUUCUGGAGAGACAUUGUAUAAAUGCAUAGCUUUUUUUUAAGAUAAUGAAAUAUUUCUAUCAGAAA